GGCCGUGAGGAGGGGGGCUCGAGUCGAGCGCCUCAACGCCGAAGGGAACCUAGGUGACGGUCGUCGUUGUUCCAAGUUAUUUUGAUAAAACGCCUUCCAUGGCAGCCCGCCUAUUGGCUGUGCGCGCGGGGGCACUGCGCGCGGGGGCGCUCGUCCUGGGCCGCGCGCGCUCGCACUCCGGCGGCGCGCACGAGCGGCCGAGGAGCCGCGAGGAGGAGAAGGCGGCGGCGGAGGAGGAGCUGGCGGAGCGGCCGCUCUUCAGUCGCUCUGCCGUGGGCACUUUUUUCCAGGAGCGGCCCGUGCUGAAGAACCCUUUCCUGGAGGACGCGCUGCUGCACAAGUACCUCAGAAGGACCGUGCCCGCGCAGGUGCGCGAGCCGGUCGCAGCGGACCUGGCCCGUUUCGGAGAGCGCCUGGUCAGCGAGGUUCACCGCCUGGGCCGCCAGUGUGAGGAGGACCCCCCGCGGCUGCAACAGUACGACGCAUGGGGUUGCCGCGUGGACCGCAUCGUUACCUGCCCCGCAUGGGCAAACAUGAAGGAGAUCUCAGCCCAGGAGGGCCUGGUGGCUGCCGGCUACGAGAGGACCUACGGAGAAUGGAGUCGAGUGUACCAGAUGUCCAAACUGUACCUGUAUUCACCUUCGGCGGGAUUGUACACCUGUCCUCUGGCGAUGACGGAUGGGGCAGCAAAAGUGAUCGAGUCCCUGGGUGUCACAGAGACCGUGGAGGAAGCCUUCCGUCGCUUGACCUCACGUGACCCUCAGCGGUUUUGGACAUCAGGCCAGUGGAUGACGGAGCGCAAGGGUGGCUCCGAUGUGGCCAGUGGAACAGAAACAGUGGCGCAGUUGCAGCCCGACGCCUCCUACAGGCUCUACGGCUUCAAGUGGUUCACCUCGGCCACGGACGCCGACAUGACGCUCACUCUGGCCCGAGUGGUGGACACACAUGGACGCACGCUGCAGGGCAGCAGGGGCCUUUCUCUGUUCUUCGCCACCUUGCGGGACCAGCACGGCAACCUGAAGGACAUCGAAGUACAGCGGCUGAAGGAUAAGCUGGGUACACGGCAGGUGCCCACGGCGGAGCUGCUGCUCGAUGGGCUCCCUGCGCAACGGAUCUCGGGGGAGGGUCGAGGAGUGGCCUCCAUCGCCAGCAUGUUGACCAUCACUCGCAUCCACAACACAGUCUCAGCUGUUGCUGCUAUGAGGAGGAUCAUCCAGCUGGGCCGAGAAUACGCCACCAAGCGCUUCGUCUUCGGCAAGUUUCUCAAGGACCACGCCCUCCAUGUGCAGACCAUGGCAAGGAUGGAGGUGGAGACCCGCGGGGCAUUCCUGCUGCUCAUGGAGGUGUGUUGGCUCCUGGGGAGGGAGGAGGUCGGUUCUGCCUCGGCUCUUCAGCUCCACCUGCUGAGGCUUCUCACUCCCGUGGCAAAACUGUACACGGGCAAACAGGCUAUUGCUGUGGUGUCCGAGGGCUUGGAGUGUUUCGGGGGACAGGGAUACAUGGAGGACACAGGACUGCCUGCGAUGCUGCGGGAUGCACAGGUGCUCAGUAUCUGGGAGGGCACCACCAACGUCUUGUCCCUGGACGUGCUUCGAGGUGUAGCCAAAAGCCGAGGACAAGUUCUGGAGGCCUUCUUCACUGACACAAAGGCCAAACUGAAGGCUGCUACCGGGAAUCCCGCUCUGGCCCCGGCACUGACAGCGGUAGACAGCGCCCUCCACGCACUGGGCGGCUUUGUGCAGCGCUCUGGCCAGAAGCCUUCCGCCUACGCUGAGCUGGCUGCUCGAGACCUGGCGUACACUUUGGCACGCAUCUACAUGGGAGCUCUGCUAGUGGAGCACGCUGCGUGGGAGGGUGCCACACACACUGACGUUUAUGCUGCUCGGAGGUGGUGUGAGCAGGACCUGUGCCCUGUGGUCACCAAGGCAGAGACCGGCUCUUAUGACCCAGAGGAUGCGGCCGAGGACACGGCGCUGCUUUACGAAGGGAUGCCAGCGCAGUAAAUAGGCUCACGCACACCCCCCCACGGUCAUACAGAUGUGUCCUAGGGCAGAUAUGGGCCACACAUCCUCAUCAGCUGGCAUUUUAACCAAUGUCUGUGAUCUGCACACUAUAUAUGAGAAAAAGCUGGAACGGAUGUGUCCUUGCAGAGGGACAGUGAGUUCACUCAUUAGCCCUGGAAAACAGUGGUCUCCCUGAAGCAAACAAGCUUCAUCCAUGGGCACGUGUCGCAGUGAAACAUUGAUUUUGUGCAGUGCAUGAGAGCUGAUCCAGUGAAACUGCCAAAUCGAAGACUUCUGGGAAUGAUUGAAAUGUUCUCAGGAAGUCCACAGUCAUUAUGAAAUACGUAUGCAAUUGUCAGUCAGCCGCAACAAAUAACUGAAAUGAAUGUUGAUGGAAGUAUCACGUUAUGACCUUAAGAUAUUAUAAAUUAAUCCAAGAUAUAAUUUUAAAAGUUCAGAUUCUGCAGACAUGAUCAUCAAAUUUAUAUGUUGACUCUCAAUAAGCUGCUGGAAAUAAAUAUUAAAGUUGUUUGCUGUGUAUGUAAUAGGUGAAAACCUGAAAAUAUUUUCUAAAGACAAAAUAUUUAUACUACAAGGCACAUAAAUCAUAUUACACUUUGUCUUGUAUGCAAAAUGUUUGUCACUAGAGAUUUGUUUCAAUAUGGCAUUUAACUGAUGAAUACUACC